AAUGCCCCGAUUUCUCCGCCGAGGAAUCGGCGAUUCCUUUCUCUAUCUUCUCCGUCUUCAUCUUCCUUUUUCUCCUCGCUCAUACCCACUUGGCUCGACCUCAGCUCUGUCGGCUCCUCCGCUUCCACCUCCGGGAUCGAUCUCGCGCCUAAAUCCGUCGAUCGCUGACGGUAUCUGGAUGCAUCUCAAGGCUCCCGAUCGCUUCGUGGAGUGAUUAGGGUCUUGGCUGCCUCCUCCUCACAGUGAUAUCUUCAUCGCGCUGGUUUGUUUGCCGUCUGAUAUGUCGGGGCCACUGGAUCGGUUCGCCAGGCCUUGUUUUGAGGGUUUUUCAAGCCAUGAUGAACGAAAGGAACGGAGAUCAGAUAUUGAAAAUUCAGAAGAUGAGAGAAGGACACGAAUUGGAUCCUUGAAGAAAAAAGCUAUAAAUGCAUCUACUAGAUUUAGGCAUUCUUUAAGGAAAAAGAACAGGAGGAAGAGUGAUAGCCGAGUCAUUUCUGUUUCAAUUGAGGAUAUAAGAAAUAUUGAGGAGUUGGAGGCUGUUGAUGCAUUCCGUCAAUCUCUAAUUUUAGAUGAAUUGUUGCCUGCAAAGCAUGAUGAUUAUCAUAUGAUGCUGAGGUUUCUUAAGGCAAGGAAAUUUGAUGUUGAGAAAGCAAAGCAUAUGUGGGCUGAAAUGCUUCAGUGGAGAAAGGAUUAUGGCACUGACACUAUCAUAGAGGACUUUGAGUAUUCUGAGUUAAAUGAAGUUCUACAAUACUAUCCUCAUGGUUAUCAUGGGGUAGACAAGGAGGGAAGACCUGUUUAUAUUGAAAGGCUUGGAAAAGUUGAUCCUAGCAAACUAAUGCAGGUGACAACUAUGGAGCGUUAUUUAAGGUAUCAUGUGAAGGAGUUUGAGAGGAGCUUUUUAAUUAAAUUCCCAGCUUGUUCAAUUGCUGCAAAGAAGCACAUUGAUUCAAGUACAACUAUCCUUGAUGUUCAAGGCGUGAGUUUGAAAAACUUCAGCAAGACUGCCAGAGAACUAAUUCAGCGAUUACAGAAGAUUGACAAUGACAACUACCCUGAGACCUUGCACCGAAUGUUUAUUGUCAAUGCUGGCUCGGGAUUCAGGUUGCUGUGGAACACUGUAAAAUCCUUUCUUGAUCCAAAGACUACUUCCAAAAUUCAUGUUCUUGGAGCAAGGUAUCAGAAUAAGUUGUUAGAAAUAAUUGAACCCAGUGAGUUGCCAGAGUUCCUUGGUGGCUGCUGUACCUGUGCAGAACAAGGAGGCUGCCUAAGAUCUGAAAAAGGUCCAUGGAAGGACCCAAAUAUACUGAAGAUGGUCCUCAAUGGUGAAGCACAAUGUGCCCGGCAGAUUGUCACCGUUUCAAAUGGUGAAAAAAAGAUUAUUGCUUAUGCUAAGCCACAGUACCCAACAAUAAGGGGUAGUGAUACGUCUACUGCUGAGUCUGGAUCAGAAGCUGAAGACAUCACUUCUCCUAGAGCAGUGAGGAAUCAUAUAUCACAUCCUCGCUUGACCCCAGUACAUGAAGAGGCAAAAAUGGUUAAGGCAGCUAGUUUUUCUUCUGGUUUUCCAGAGUAUGAUGAAUAUGUUCCCAUGGUAGACAAGGCUGUGGAUGGCGGAUGGAAGAAAGAGAUCUCUAAUAAAAGGCUAUAUGCAUCCAAAGGACAAUGCUCUAACCCUGAGACACAUAAAUCUCCGCAAGGAGUUCGGGCUCAAAUAAUCCAAUUCCUUGUGACCAUCAUCGUGUACCUCUUUACACUGGUUUGUUCAGUCAGCAGUUGUGUGUCAAAGAGGCUACACAAUGAAGUCUCUGAAAGAGAUCAACAUGAUCCUAUGUUUUAUGUGGACCCCAUGGUCAAGGAGGAAUAUAGUCAUCCUUCACCUGCUCCUGCAUUUACCGAGGCUGACCUUCUUUCACGCCUUCUAGUAAGGUUGGGAGAGCUGGAAGAAAAGGUGAACAUACUUCAAGCAAAACCAUCUGAAAUGCCUUCAGAGAAAGAUGAAUUGCUCAAUGCAGCUGUUUGCCGUGUGGAUGCAUUGGAGGCUGAGCUUAUUGCUACCAAAAAGGCUUUGCAUGAAGCUCUUAUGAGGCAGGAUGAACUUCUUGCAUAUAUCGACCGUCAAGAGGAGGCUAAGAUGCGGAAAAAGAAAUUUUGCUUUUGAACCAAGAGGGCACAUAGAUGGCUUUCACAACAUCAAAUUCGUUGCUUUUGCUGCUCAAUGAAGCAUGAUUUCGGUGCCAAUCGAUGGAAACGCACCGGCUGCUGACAAAGACAGUGAAAUAACUUAUUUGACAACGAAGAUGAUGGACAGUCGAGAAGUAAAUAAUACCUUUGACCUUUCUAUGUAAGCUUUCUAGGUAUGGUUAUUGGCUAUCAUAUAUCUCUUUCCACAACGAACUUGUUCUUUCUGCUGCUCCUAAGAUGAAACAUGAUCUUGAUGUGAAUUGACGAAUGAAUAUGGACAGUCUGAGAAGCAAAUAAAUAAUGCCCUUGAGAUAUUUUUAUA